CCACAGAGGGAGACAGGUUAGCAGUUCAUCAUAUGUGAAGUGAACUGAGCACUGUAAGACUUUAAGAACAGCUACACCAGAGAAAUAAAUAAUAACUUUUCUUCAUUGCCUUUAAGAUUGUAUUGACAGGAUGGGGACCAGCAAGAUCAAAUCGGUUUUCCUGAUUCUAACAGUUAUUUACGGAUCUAUUCAAACAACAAGCCAAGCAGAUAACACCACAGCUACAACUGCAGCAACACCAUCUACAACUACAGCACCAACAGCUACAACUGCAGCAACAACUACAACUGCAGCAACAACAGCUACGACUGCAGCAACACCAUCUACAACUACAGCACCAACAGCUACAACUGCAGCAACAACUACAACUGCAGCAACAACAGCUACGACUGCAGCAACACCAUCUACAACUACAGCACCAACAGCUACAACUGCACCAACAACAGAUACAACUGCACCAACAACACCUACAACUGCGGCAACAACAAGUACAAAUGCAGCAACAACAAAUACAACUGCGGCAACCCCAACUCCAACAACAUCCCCUACCCCAAUAACCACACCAACUCCAACAACAACUGCAACAUCAACCUCAACAACAACAACAACUAUAACACCUACCCCAACAACAAUUACAACUACAACACCAACCCCUACAACUACAACACCAGCUCAGACAACAACUACAACACCGACCCCUUCAACAACUACUACACCAACCCCAGCAACAACUACAACCACAACUCCAACAACGACUCUGACACCCACAACAACUACAACCCCAACAAUAACUACAACACCGACCCCUUCAACAACUACUACACCAACCCUAACAACAACUACAAUCCCAACAACAACUACUACACCAGCCCCAAUAACAACUACAACACCAACAACAACUACAACACCAGCCCCAUCAACAACUACAACCGCAACUCCAGCAACGACUCCGACACCCACAACAACUCCAAACCCAACAACAACUACAACACCGACCCCUUCAACAACUACUACACCAACCCUAACAACAACUACAAUCCCAACAACAACUACUACACCAACCUCAACAACAACUACAACACCAACAACGACUACAACACCAACACCAACAACAACUACAACACCAGCCCCAUCAACAACUACAACCGCAACUCCAGCAACGACUCCGACACCCACAACAACUCCAAACCCAACAACAACUACAACACCAACCCCUACCACUACAACAACAAUUCCAACAACAACUACUACACAGACCCUAACAACAACUACAAUCCCAACAACAACUACUACACCAGCCCCAAUAACAACUACAACACCAACAACGACUACAACACCAGCCCCAUCAACAACUACAACCGCAACUCCAACAACGACUCAGACACCCACAACAACUCCAAACCCAACAACAACUACAACACCGACCCCUUCAACAACUACUACACCAACCCUAACAACAACUAUAAUCCCAACAACAACUACUACACCAACCCAAACAACAACUACAACACCAACAACGACUACAACACAAACCCCAUCAACAACUACAACUGCAACUACAACAACGACUCCGUCACCCACAACAACUCCAACCCCAACAACAACUACAACACCGACCCCUUCAACAACUACCCCAACAACAAUUACAACUACAACACCAACCCCUACAACAACUAUAACACCAACCCCUAGAACUACAACACCAGCUCAGACAACAACUACAACACCAACUCCAACAACAACUACAACACCAACUCUAGUAACAACAACAACACCAACCCCAUCAACAACUACAACCACAACUCCAACAACGACUCUGACACCCACAACAACUACAACCCCAACAACAACUACAACACCGACCCCUUCAACAACUACUACACCAACCCUAACAACAACUACAAUCCCAACAACAACUACUACACCAACCCCAACAACAACUACAACAUCUACCCCAAUAACAAAUCCAACUACAACACCAACCCAUUCAACGACUACUACAACAACCCCCACAACAACUCCAACACCAACCAAUACAACAACAACAACACCAACUCCAACAACUACAACACCAAACCCUACCACUACAACAACAAUUACAACAACAACUACUACUAAGACACUUACAACAACUACAAUCCCAACAACUACUACACCAACCCCAAUAACAACAACAACACCAACAACGACUACAACACAAGCCCCAUCAACAACUACAACCGCAACUCCAACAACGACUCCGACACCCACAACAACUACAAUCCCAACAACAACUACUACACCAACCCCAACAACAACUACAACACCAACAACGACUACAACACCAACCCCAUCAACAACUACAACUGCAACUACAACAACAACUCCGACACCCACAACAACUCCAACCCCAACAACAACUACAACACCGACCCCUUCAACAACUACCUUACCAACCCCAACAACAACUACAACGCCAACUGCAUCAACAACACCGACCCCAAUAACAACUACAACAUCAACUCCAACAACACCAACAACCACUCCAACCCCAACAACACCAACCCCUACAACAACUACAACACCUAUCCCAACAACAACUACAACACCAACAACAACUACAACACCUACCCCAACAACCACGACAACAUCAUCCCCUACAACUACAACACCAACUCCAGCAACAACUCCAACAUCAACCCCGACGCCAACUACAACUACAUCAACCCCAACAACAACUACAACUGCAGUACCAACAACCCCUGCCAUCACAAAAAAGCAGGUGGUGUUCAGGUCUGUUCUAAAAACAUUCACAACCGACUUGUUGAAUACAUCAUCUGCUGCUUUUAAAGGAAGAGCUGCCAACAUAAAGAGUCAGCUUGAACCUCUAUACAGAAACAAAUUCUCUUUCUUCUCUUUCUUGGAAGUGAAGGAAUUCAGAAAUGGAUCAAUCGUCAAUGUUCUGGACCUUACCUUCAACGACACAUCUGGUCCUAACAACACUGAAAUUUCAGACGUUUUGCUCAAUGCAACUUCAUCAGUCACUGGCUUCGACAUUGAUAGCAGCUCCGUCACCGUUGAUGGCACAGGUACAACUACAACUACAAGUCCAACAACAACACCUUCCCAAACAACAACUACAACACCGACCCCUACAACAACUACAAAUACAACAACAACUACAGCACCAACCCCUUCAACUACUACUACAACAAACCCCACAACGACUACAGCACCUACUCCAACCCCAACAACAACUACAACACCGACCCCUUCAACAACUACUACACCAACCCUAACAACAACUACAAUCCCAACAACUACUACACCAACCCCAACAACAACUACAACACCAACAACGACUACAACACCAACCCCAUCAACAACUACAACUGCAACUACAACAACUCCGACAGCCACAACAACUCCAACCCCAACAACAACUACAACACUGACCCCUUCAACAACUACCACACCAACCCCAACAACAACUACAACCCUAACUGCAUCAACAACACCGACCCCAAUAACAACUACAACAUCAACUCCACCAACACUAACAACCACUCCAACCCCAACAACACCGACCCCUACAACACCUACAACUACAACACCUAUCCCAACAACAACUACAACACCAACAACUACAACACCUACCCCAACAACCACUACAACAUCAUCCCCUACAACUACAACACCAACUCCAGCAACAACUCCAACAUCAACCCCGAUGCCAACUACAACUACAUCAACCCCAUCAACAACUACAACCGCAACUCCAACAACGACUCCAACACCCACAACAACUCCAAACCCAACAACAACUACAACACCGACCCUUUCAACAACUACUACACCUACCCUCACAACAACUACAAUCCCAACAACUACUACACCAACCCCUUCAACAACUACAACUACAACAACAACAACGACCACCACAUCAACCCCAUCAACCACUACAACUGCAACUACAACAACGACUCCGACACACACAACAACUACAACCCCAACAACAACUACAACACCGACCCCUUCAACAACUACCACACCAACCCCAACAACAACUACAACCCCAACUGCAUCAACAACACCGACCCCAGUAACAACUACAAACCCAACUCCAACCACACCAUCAACCACUCCAACCCCAACAACUACGACCCCUACAACAACUACAACUACAACAACACCUAUCCCAACAACAACUGCAACACCAACAACGACUACAACACCAACCCCAUCAACAACUACAACUGCAACUACAACAACGAUUCCGACAACCACAACAACUCCUACCCCAACAACAACUACAACACCAUCCCCUUCAACAACUACCACACCAACCCCAACAACAACCCCAACUGCAUUAACAACACCGACUCAAAUAACAACUACAACACCAAAUCCAACAACACCAACAACCACUCCAACCCCAACAACACCGACCCCUACAACAACUACAACAACAACUACAACACCUAUCCCAACAACAACUACAACACCAACAACAACUACAACACCUACCCCAACAACCACUACAACAUCAUCCCCUACAACUACAACACCAACUCCAGCAACAACUACAACAUCAACCCCGACGCCAACUACAACUACAUCAACCCCAACAACAACUACAACUGCAGUACCAACAACCCCUGCCAUCACAAAAAAGCGAGUGGUGUUCAGGUCUGUUCUAAAAACAUUCACAACCGACUUGUUGAAUACAUCAUCUGCUGCUUUUAAAGGAAGAGCUGCUAACAUAAAGAGUCAGCUUGAACCUCUAUACAGAAACAAAUUCUCUUUCUUCUCUUUCUUGGAAGUGAAGGAAUUCAGAAAUGGAUCAAUCGUCAAUGUUCUGGACCUUACCUUCAACGACACAUCUGGUCCUAACAACACUGCAAUUUCAGACGUUUUGCUCAAUGCAACUUCAUCAGUCACUGGCUUCGACAUUGAUGGCAGCUCCGUCACCGUGGAUGGCACAGGUACAACUACAACUACAAGUCCAACAACAACACCUUCCCAAACAACAACUACAACACCGACCCCUACAACAACUACAAAUACAACAACAACUACAGCACCAACCCGGACAACAACACCAUCUACAACAACAACUAGAACACCUACCCCGACAACAACUACAGCUACAACAACAACCCCUUCAACUACUACUCCAACAAACCCCACAACGACUCAAACACCAACCCCUACAACAACAACAACAACAACACCAACUACAACUAAUGCAACACCAACUCCAACAACAACUACAACACAAACCCCUUCAACAACUACAGCACCUACUCCAACCCCAAUAACAACUACAACACCAACAACAACUACAACACCAGCCCCAUCAACAACUACAACCGCAACUCCAACAACAACUCCGACACCCACAACAACUCCAAACCCAACAACAACUACAACACCGACCCCUUCAACAACUACUACACCAACCCUAACAACAACUACAAUCCCAACAACAACUACUACACCAACCCCAACAACAACUACAACACCAACAACGACUACAACACCAACCCCAUCAACAACUACAACUGCAACUACAAUAACUCUGACAGCCACAACAACUCCAACCCCAACAACAACUACAACACCGACCCCUUCAACAACUACCACACCAACCCCAACAACAACUACAACCCUAACUGCAUCAACAACACCGACCCCAAUAACAACUACAACAUCAACUCCAACAACACCAACAACCACUCCGACCCCAACAACACCGACCCCUACAACACCUACAACUACAACACCUAUCCCAACAACAACUACAACACCAACAACAACUACAACACCUACCCCAACAACCACUACAACAUCAUCCCCUACAACUACAACACCAACUCCAGCAACAACUCCAACAUCAACCCCGACGCCAACUACAACUACAUCAACCCCAUCAACAACUACAACCGCAACUCCAACAACGACUCCAACACCCACAACAACUCCAAACCCAACAACAACUACAACACCGACCCUUUCAACAACUACUACACCUACCCUCACAACAACUACAAUCCCAACAACUACUACACCAACCCCUUCAACAACUACAACUACAACACCAACAAUGACCACCACAUCAACCCCAUCAACCACUACAACUGCAACUACAACAACGACUCCGACACACACAGCAACUACAACCCCAACAACAACUACAACACCGACCCCUUCAACAACUACCACACCAACCCCAACAACAACUACAACCCCAACUGCAUCAACAACACCGACCCCAGUAACAACUACAACACCAACUCCAACCACACCAUCAACCACUCCAACCCCAACAACUACGACCCCGACAACAACUACAACUACAACAACUACAACAACUAUCCCAACAACAACUGCAACACCAACAACGACUACAACACCAACACCAUCAACAACUGCAACUGCAACUACAACAACGAUUCCGACACCCACAACAACUCCUACCCCAACAACUACAACACCGUCCCCUUCAACAACUACCACACCAACCCCAACAACAACUACAACCCCAACUGCAUUAACAACACCGACUCAAAUAACAACUACAACACCAAAUCCAACAACACCAACAACCACUCCAACCCCAACAACACCGACCCCUACAACAACUACAACAACAACUACAACACCUAUCCCAACAACAACUACAACACCAACAACAACUACAACACCUACCCCGACAACCACUACAACAUCAUCCCCUACAACUACAACACCAACUCCAGCAACAACUACAACAUCAACCCCGAAGCCAACUACAACUACAUCAACCCCAACAACAACUACAACUGCAGUACCAACAACCCCUGCCAUCACAAAAAAGCGAGUGGUGUUCAGGUCUGUUCUAAAAACAUUCACAACCGACUUGUUGAAUACAUCAUCUGCUGCUUUUAAAGGAAGAGCUGCUAACAUAAAGAGUCAGCUUGAACCUCUAUACAGAAACACAUUCUCUUUCUUCUCUUUCUUGGAAGUGAAGGAAUUCAGAAAUGGAUCAAUCGUCAAUGUUCUGGACCUUACCUUCAACGACACAUCUGGUCCUAACAACACUGCAAUUUCAGACGUUUUGCUCAAUGCAACUUCAUCAGUCACUGGCUUCGACAUUGAAGGCAGCUCCGUGACCGUGGAUGGCAUAGGUACAACCACAACUACAAGUCCAACUCUAACACCAACAACAACACCUACACAAACCACAACACCUACCCCAACAACAACUACAACACCUUCCCCUACAACAACAACAACUCCAACCACAACUACAACACCAACUGCAACAACAACUACAACACCAGCCCCGACAACAACACCAACUACAACACCAACCCCAACAACAACUACAACACCAACUCCAACAACAACUACAACACCUUCCCCUACAACAUAUCCAACAACAAUUACAACACCAACUACAACACUAACCCCAACAACAACUACAACACCAACUCCAACAACAUCUACAACACCUUCCCCUACAACAACUCCAACAACAACUAUAACACAAACAACAACACCAACCGCGACAACAACUACAACACCAAGCCCAACAACAACAAUAACAACACCAACUCCAACAACAACUACAACACCUUCCCCUACAACAACAACAACAACAACUACAAUACCAACUUCAACACUAACAACAACUAUAAACCCUUCCUCUUCAACAACAACUCACACAACAACUACAACACUAACAACAACACCAACCGCGACAACGACAACAACACCAACUCCAUCAACAACAACACCAACUUCAACACCAACCCCAACAACAACUACAACACCAUCUCCAACAGCAACUACAACACCUUCCCCUACAACAACAACUCCAACAACAACACCAACAACACCAACUGCGACAACGACAACAACACCAACUCCAUCAACAACUGCAACACCUUCCCCUACAACAACAACAACUCCAACACCAACUGCAACAACAACUACAACACCAACCCCGACAACAACACCAACUACAACACCAACAACAACUACAACACCAACUCCAACAACAUCUACACCUUCCCCUACAACAACUCCAACAACAACUACAACACCUUCCCCUACAACAACAACUCCAACAACAACUACAACACCUUCCCCUACAACAACAACUCCAACAACAACUACAACACCAACUGCGACAACGACAACAACACCAACUGCGACAACGACAACAACACCAACUCCAUCAACAACUACAACACCUUCCCCUACAACAACAACAACUCCAACACCAACUGCAACAACAACUACAACACCAACCCCGACAACAACACCAACUACAACACCAACCGCGACAACGACAACAACACCAACUCCAUCAACAACAACAACACCAACUACAACACCAACCCCAACAACAACUACAACACCAACUCAAAUAACAACUACAACACCUUCCCCUACAACAACAACUCCAACAACAACUACAACAUCUUCCCCUACAACAACAACUCCAACAGCAACUACAACACCAACUGCGACAACGACUACAACACCAACUCCAUCAACAACUACAACACCUUCCCCUACAACAACAACAACUCCAACACCAACUGCAACAACAACUACAACACCAACCCCGACAACAACACCAACUACAACACCAACCGCGACAACAACUACAACACCAAGCCCAACAACAACACCAACUACAACACCAACCCCAACAACAACUACAACACCUUCCCCUACAACAACAACAACUCCAACAACAACCACAAUACCAACAACAACUACAAAUCCAACAACACCAACAACGACUCAAACAACAACUAUAACACCCACCCCAACAACUACAACACCAACUCCAACAACAACUACAACACCUUCCCCUACAACAACUCCAACAACAACAACACCAACCGCGACAACAACUACAACCCCUACAACAACAACGACAACAACCCCAACAACAACUACAACACCAACCCUAACAACAACUACAAUCCCAACAACAACUACUACACCAACCCCAGCAACAACUACAACACCAACAACGACUACAACACCAACCCCAUCAACAACUACAGUCACAACUACAACAACGACUCCGACAUCCACCACAACUACAACCCCAACAACAGGUACAACACUAACCCCAAUAACAACUACAACACCAACUCCAACAACACCAACAACCACUCCAACUCCAACAACACCGACCCCUACAACAACAACAACUCCAACACCAACUGCAACAACAACUACAACACCAACCCCGACAACAACACCAACUACAACACCAACCGCGACAACGACAACAACACCAACUCCAACAACAACAACAACACCAACUACAACACCAACCCCAACAACAACUACAACACCAACUCAAAUAACAACUACAACACCUUCCCCUACAACAACAACUCCAACAACAACUACAACAUCUUCCCCUACAACAACAACUCCAACAGCAACUACAACACCAACUGCGACAACGACAACAACACCAACUGCGACAACGACAACAACACCAACUCCAACAACAACUACAACACCUUCCCCUACAACAACAACAACUCCAACACCAACUGCAACAACAACUACAACACCAACCCCGACAACAACACCAACUACAACACCAACCGCGACAACAACUACAACACCAAGCCCAACAACAACACCAACUACAACACCAACCCCAACAACAACUACAACACCUUCCCCUACAACAACAACAACUCCAACAACAACCACAAUACCAACAACAACUACAAAUCCAACAACACCAACAACGACUCAAACAACAACUAUAACACCCACCCCAACAACAACUACAACACCAACUCCAACAACAACUACAACACCUUCCCCUACAACAACUCCAACAACAACAACACCAACCGCGACAACAACUACAACCCCUACAACAACAACGACACCAACCCAAACAACAACUACAACACCAACCCUAACAACAACUACAAUCCCAACAACAACUACUACACCAACAACAACUACAACACCAACAACGACUACAACACCAACCCCAUCAACAACUACAGUCACAACUACAACAACGACUCCGACACCCACCACAACUACAACCCCAACAACAGGUACAACACUAACCCCAAUAACAACUACAACACCAACUCCAACAACACCAACAACCACUCCAACUCCAACAACACCGACCCCUACAACAACUACAACAACAACCAUUCCAACCCAAACAACUCAAACAACAACUACAACACCAACCCCGACAACAACUACAACUCAUACAACAACCCCGACGGAGACUACAACUACAACAAACCCAACAACACCUACAACUGCAGUACCAACAACCCCUGCCAUCACAACAAAGCAAGUGGUGUUCAGAUCUGUUCUGCAAACAUUCACAACCGACUUGUUGAAUACAUCAUCUACUGCUUUUAAAGGAAGAGCUGCUAACAUAAAGAGUCAGCUUGAACCUCGGUACAAAAAUGAAUUCCCCUACUUGUUUUCCUUUGAAGUGGUGAAAUUCAGAAAUGGAUCAAUCGUCAAUGUUUUUGACCUCACCUUCAAUGGCACAUCUUCUCCUAACAACACUGCGAUUUCAGACGUUUUGCUCAAUGCAACUUCCUCAGUCACUGGCUUCGACAUUGAAGGCAGCUCCGUGACCGUGGAUGGCAUAGGUACAACCACAACUACAAGUCCAACUCUAACACCAACAACAACUCCAACAACAACACCAACAACACCAACUGCGACAACGACAACAACACCAACUCCAUCAACAACUGCAACACCUUCCCCUACAACAACAACAACUCCAACACCAACUGCAACUGCAACAACAACUACAACACCAACCCCGACAACAACACCAACUACAACACCAACACCAACAACAACUACAACACCAACUCCAACAACAUCUACAACACCUUCCCCUACAACAACUCCAACAACAACUACAACACCUUCCCCUACAACAACAACUCCAACAACAACUACAACACCUUCCCCUACAACAACAACUCCAACAACAUCUACAACACCAACAACACCAACUGCGACAAUGACAACAACACCAACUGCGACAACAACAACAACUCCAUCAACAACUACAACACCUUCCCCUACAACAACAACAACAACAACUCCAACACCAACUGCAACAACAACUACAACACCAACCCCGACAACAACACCAACUACAACACCAACCGCGACAACGACAACAACACCAACUCCAUCAACAACAACAACACCAACUACAACACCAACCCCAACAACAACUACAACACCAACUCAAACAACAACUACAACACCUUCCCCUACAACAACAACUCCAACACCUUCCCCUACAACAACAACUCCAACAACAACACCAACAACACCAACUGCGACAACGACAACAACACCAACUGCGACAACGACAACACCAACUCCAUCAACAACUACAACACCUUCCCCUACAACAACAACAACUCCAACACCAACUGCAACAACAACUACAACACCAACCCCGACAACAACACCAACUACAACAACAACCGCGACAACAACUACAACACCAAGCCCGACAACAACACCAACUACAACACCAACCCCAACAACAACUACAACACCUUCCCCUACAACAACAACAACUACAAUACCAACAACAACUACAAAUCCAACAACACCAACAACGACUCAAACAACAACUAUAACACCAACCCCAACAACAACUACAACACCAACUCCAACAACAACUACAACACCUUCCCCUACAACAACAACUCCAUCAACAACUACAACAUCUUCCCCUACAACAACAACAACAACAACUCCAACACCAACUGCAACAACAACUACAACACCAACCCCGACAACAACACCAACCGCGACAACGACAACAACACCAACUCCAUCAACAACAACAACACCAACUACAACACCAACCCCAACAACAACUACAACACCAACUCAAACAACAACUACAACACCUUCCCCUACAACAACAACUCCAACACCUUCCCCUACAACAACAACUCCAACAACAACACCAACAACACCAACUGCGACAACGACAACAGCACCUACUGCGACAACGACAACAACACCAACUCCAUCAACAACUACAACACCUUCCCCUACAACAACAACAACUCCAACACCAACUGCAACAACAACUACAACACCAACCCCGACAACAACACCAACUACAACAACAACCGCGACAACAACUACAACACCAAGCCCGACAACAACACCAACUACAACACCAACCCCAACAACAACUACAACACCUUCCCCUACAACAACAACAACUACAAUACCAACAACAACUACAAAUCCAACAACACCAACAACGACUCAAACAACAACUAUAACACCAACCCCAACAACAACUACAACACCAACUCCAACAACAACUACAACACCUUCCCCUACAACACCUCCAACAACAACAACACCGACCGCGACAACAACUACAACCAGUACAACAACAACAACUCCAAUAACAACUACAACACCAACACCAACUGCAACAACAACUACAACACCAACCCCGACAACAACACCAACUACAACAACAACUACAACACCUUCCCCUACAACAACUCCAACAACAACUACAACACCUUCCCCUACAACAACUCCAACAACAACUAUAACACCAACAACAACAACAACCGCGACAACAACUACAACCCCUACAACAACAACAACUCCAAUAACAACUACAACACCAACUGCAACAACAACUACAACACCAACCCCGACAACAACAACAACUACAACACCUUCCCCUACAACAACUCCAAAAACAACUACAAUACCAACUGCAACAACAACUAUAACACCAACAACAACACCAACCGCGACAACAACUACAACCCUGACAACAUCAACAACUCCAAUAACAACUACAACACCAACAACAACACCAACUGCAACAACAACUCCAACAACAACUACAACACCUUCCCCUACAACAACUCCAGCAACAACUACAACACCAACUACAACACCAACCCCGACAACAACUACAACACCAACCCCGACAACAACAACAACAAUACCAACCCCUACAACUACAACACCAACUCCAACAACACCUUCCCCUACAACAACUACAACUCCAACAACAACUACAACUGCAACAACUACAACACCAACCCCGACAACAACACCAACUACAACACCAACCCCAACAACAACACCAAAUCCAACAACAACUAUAACAACAACUACAACACCAACCCCAACAACAACUACGACACCUUCCCCUACAACAACUCCAACAACAACUACAACACCAACCCCGACAAUAACAACACCAACUACAACACCAACCCCGACAACAACAACAAUACCAACCCCUACAACUACAACACCAACUACAACAACACCUUCCCCUACCUCAACUACAACUCCAACAACAACUACAACUGCAACCCUGACAACAACACCAACUACAACACCAACCCCAACAACAACUACAACACCAACUCCAACAACAACUAUAACAACAACUAUAACACCAACCCCUUCAACAACUACAACACCGAUCCCUUCGACAACUACUACACCAACACCAACAACAUCUACAAUACCAACAACAACACCAACACCGACUCCAACAACAACUAUAACACCAACCCCAAUUCCAACUACAACACCAAGUCCAACAACAACUACAACACCUUCCCCUACAACAACUCCAACAACAACUAUAACACCAACAACAACACUAACCCCGACAACAACAACAACUUCAAUAACAACUACAACACCAACAACAACACCAACUGCAACAACAACUACAACACCAUCCCCGACAACAAAAGCAACUACAACACCUUCCCCUACAACAACUCCAACAACAACUAUAAGACCAACAACAACACCAACCGCGACAACAACUACGACACCAAGCCCGACAACAACAACAACACCAACUCCAACAACAACUACAACACCUUCCCCUACAACAACUCCAACAACAAUUACAAUACCAACAACAACACCAACACCGACUCCAACAACAACUAUAACAACAACUUCAAUAACAACUACAACACCAACAACAACACCAACUGCAACAACAACUAAAACACCAGCCCCGACAACAAAACCAACUACAACACCAACCCCAACAACAACUACAACACCAUCUCCAACAACAACUACAACACCUUCCCCUACAACAACUCCAACAACAACUAUAAGACUAACAACAACACCAACCGCGACAACAACUACGACACCAAGCCCAACAACAACAACACCAACUCCAACAACAACUACAACACCUUCCCCUACAACAACAACAACUCCAACAACAACUACAAUACCAACAACAACACCAACACCGACUCCAACAACAACUAUAACACCAACCCCAAUAACAACACCAACUCCAACAACAACUACAACACCUUCCCCUACAACAACUCCAACAACAACUAUAACACCAACAACUACACCAACCGCGACAACAACUACAACACCAACAACACCAACUACAACAACAACACCUUCCCUUACAACAACUCCAACAACAACUAUAACACCACCAACAACAACUACAACAACAACUACAACCCCGACAACAACAACAACUACAACACCAACCCCGACAACUACACCAACUCCAACAACAACUGCAACACCUUCCCCUACAACAACUCCAACAACAACUACAACAGCAACCCCGACAACAACAACACCAAAUACACCACCAACCCCGACAACAACUACAACACCAACCCCGACAACAACAACAAUACCUACCCCAACCCCAACAACAACUACAACCCCUACCCUAACAACAACUACAACUUCAGUACCAACAACCCCCGCCAUCACAACAAAGCAAGUGAUUUUCAGGUCUCUUCUGUACAUAUUCACAAGCGACUUGUUGGAUCCAUCAACUACUGGUUUUAAAGGAAGAGCUGCUAACAUAAAAAAUCAGCUCGAACCGAGGUACAAAAAUGAAUUCCCCUACUUCGUUUCCUUCAAAGUGGUGAAAUUCAGAAAUGGAUCAAUCAUCAAUGAUUGUGUCCUCACCUUCAACGGCACAUCUGCUCCAAACAACACUGCGAUUGCAAACGUUUUGCUAAAUGCCACUUCUUCAGUCACUGGCUUCGACAUUGAAGGCAGCUCGGUCACCGUGGAUGGCGAAGGUACAACUACAACUACAAGUCCAACUCCAACACCAACAACAACACCUCCCCCAACAAUAACUACAACUACGGCUGUACCUACAACCGCUGCACCAACUACUGCUGCAUCAACUACCGCCGCACCAACUACCGCUGCACAUACUACCGCUGCACCAACUAAUGCUGCACCUACAACUGCAGCACCAACUACUGCUGCACCAACUACCGCUGCACCUACAACAGCUGUAUCAACUUCUGCUGUAACAACUACAGCUGCACCAACUACCACUGCACCUACGACCGUUGCACCAACUACCGCUGCACCUACAACCACUGCACCAACUACCGUUGCACCUACAACCGCUGCACCAACUACUGCUGCACAAACUACAGCUGUAUCUACUACCGCUGCACCUACAACCGCUGCACCUGCAACAGCUGCACCAACUACCGCUGCACCUACAACAGCUGCUUCAACUACCGCUGCACCAACAACGGCUGCAGCUCCAACCACUGCCCCUACUUCUGCUGUAACAACUACAGCUGCACCAACUACCGCUGCACCUAUAACCGCUGCACCAACUACCGCUGCACCUACAACCGCUGCACCAACUACUGCUGCACAAACUACAGCUUUAUCUACUACCUCUGCACCUACAACCGCUGCCCCUACUACCGCUGCACCUGCAACAGCUGCAUCAACUACCGCUGCACUUACAACCGCUGCACCAACUACUGCUGCACCUACAACCGCUGCACCAACAACUGCUGCACCAACUACAGCUGCACCAACUACAGCUGCACCAACAAGCACUACAUCUACAACCGCUGCAACAACAACUGCUGCACCAACUACUGCUGCACCUACAACUUCUGCACCAACUACCGCUGCACCUACUACCACUGCACCUACAACCGCUGCACCAACUACCGCUGCACCUACUACCGUUGCACCUACAACUGCUGCACCAACUACCGCUGCUCCUACUACCGCUGCACCAGCUACCGCUGAACUUACUACCGCUAUUCCUACUACCGCUGCACCAACUACUGCAGUACCAACUACUGCUGUACCAACUACAGCUGCCCCAACUACAGCUGCACCAACUACCGUUGCACCAACUACCGCUGCACCAACUACCGCUGCUCCUACUACCGCUGCACCAACUACCGCUGAACUUACUACCGCUAUUCCUACUACCGCUGCACCAACUACUGCAGCACCAACUACUGCUGUACCAACUACCAUUGCACCAACUACCGCUGCACCUACAACCGCUGCACCAACUACUGCUGCACCAACUACCGCUGCACCAACAACUGCUGCACCAACUACAGCUGCACCUACAACUUCUGCACCAACUACCGCUGCACCUACUACAGCUGCACCUACAAUCGCUGCAUCAACUACCGGUGCACCAACUACCGCUGCACCAACAAGCGCUGCAUCUACAACCGCUGCACCAACAACUGCUGCACCAACUACAGCUGCACCUACAACUUCUGCACCAACUACCGCUGCACAAUCUACCGCUGCACCUACAACCGCUGCACCAACUACCGCUGCACCUACUACCGCUGCACCUACAACUUCUGCACCAACUACCGCUGCACCUACUACCGCUGCACCUACAACCGCUGCACCAACUACCGCUGCACCUACUACCGCUGCACCUACAACUGCUGCACCAACUACCGCUGCUCCUACUACCGCUGCACCAACUACCGCUGAACUUAUUACCGCUAUUCCUACUACCGCUGCACCAACUACUGCAGCACCAACUACUGCUGUACCAACUACAGCUGCCCCAACUACAGCUGCACCAACUACCGUUGCACCAACUACCGCUGCACCAACUACCGCUGCUCCUACUACCGCUGCACCAACUACCGCUGAACUUACUACCGCUAUUCCUACUACCGCUGCACCAACUACUGCAGCACCAACUACUGCUGUACCAACUACAGCUGCCCCAACUACAGCUGCACCAACUACCGUUGCACCAACUACCGCUGCACCUACAACCGCUGCACCAACUACUGCUGCACCAACUACCGCUGCACCAACAAGCGCUGCAUCUACAACCGCUGCACCAACAACUGCUGCACCAACUACAGCUGCAUCAUCUACCGCUGCACCUACAACCGCUGCACCAACUACUGCUGCACAAACUACAGCUGCUUCUUCUACCGCUGCACCUACAACCGCUGCACCUGCAACAACUGCACCAAUUACCGCUGCACCUACAACAGCUGGAUCAACUACCGCUGCACCAACAAUGGCUGCAGCUACAACCGCUGCCCCUACUACCGCUGCACAUACAGCCGCUGCCCCUACUACCGCUGCACCUGCAACAGCUGCACCAACUACCGCUGCACCUACAACAGGUGCAUCAACUACCGCUGCACCAACAAUGGCUGCAGCUACAACCCCUGCCCCUACUAAUGCUGCACCUUCAACAGCUGCAUCAACUACUGCUGCACCUACAACCGCUGCCCCAACUACCGCUGCACCAACUACUGCUGCACCUACAACCGCUGCACCAACUACUGCUGCACCAUCUACAGCUGCACCAACUACUGCUGCACAUUCAACAGCUGAUUCAACUACCGCUGCACCUACAACAGCUGCACCAAUUACUGCUGCACCAACUACGGUUGCACCUACAACCGCUUCACCAACUACCGCUGCGCCUACUACUGCUGCAACUACAACCGCUGCAACUACCGCUACACCUACUACCGCUGCACCAACUACUGCUUUAACUACCGCUGCACCUACAACAGCUGCACCAAUUACUGCUGCACCAACUACGGUUGCACCUACAACCGCUUCACCAACUACCGCUGCGCCUACUACUGCUGCAACUUCAACCGCUGCAACUACCGCUGCACCUACUACCGCUGCACCAACUACUGCUUUACCUACUACUGCAGCACCUACUAAUGCAGCACCAACUACUGCUGCACCAACUACCGCUGCACCUACAACAGCUGCACCAACUUCUGCUGUACCUACUACCGCUGCACCAACUACAGCUAUACCAACUUCUGCUGUACCUACUACCGCUACACCAACUACCGCUGCACCUACUACCGCUGAACUCACAACCGCUGCACCAACUACCGCUGCACCUACUACCGCUGCACCGACUACUGCUACACCUACUACUGCAGCACCAACUACUGCUGCAGCAACUUCUGCUGCACCAACUACAGCUACACCAACUUCUGCUGUACCUACUACCGCUACACCAACUACUGCUACACCUACUACUGCAGCACUUACUACUGCUGCAGCGACUACCGUUGCCCGUACUACCGCUGCACCUACAACAGCUGCACCAACUACCGCUGCACCUACAACAGCUGCAUCAACUACCGCUGCACCAACAAUGGCUGCAGCUACAACCGCUGCCCCUACUACUGCUGUACCUUCAACAGCUGCAUCAACUACCGCUGCACCUACAACCGCUGAACCAACUACCACUGCACCUACAACAGCUGCACCAAUUACUGCUGCACCAACUACGGUUGCACCAACAACCGCUUCACCAACUACCCCUGCACCUACAACCACUUCACCAACUACCGCUGCAGCAACUACAGCUCUACCGACUACCGCUCCAUCAACUACCACUGCACCUACAACCGCUGCACCAACUACUGCUGCACAAACUACAGCUGCAUCUACUACCGCUGCACCUACUACCGCUGCACCAACUACUGCUGCACCUACUACUGCAGCACCAACUACUGCUGAACCAACUACCGCUGCACCUACUACCGCUGCACCAAAUACCGCUGCACCAACUACCGCUGCACCUACAACCGCUGCACCAACUACCGCUGCAUCUACAACCGCUUCACCAACAACUGCUGCACCAACUACCGCUGCACCUACAAGCUGCACCAACUACUGCUGCACAUUCAACAGCUGA